UGUGUGUGUGUGUGUGUGUGUGUGUUUGAGGAAGCGUGCUGCAAGGGGAAAUAACCUUCUCAUAUCAAAAAUGUGCAUAAGGAAGCGGGUGUGUGUGCAUGUGUGUGUAAGGGGGCGUGUCGCUGUGCGUAUUUUUAUUCUUCGGUUUCCUUGCCUUUGGUUUAAGCACACAUUUGAGCCACUUCCUCAUAUGCUUGAUCAUUCUGCGAGAGAAACGUUUAGACGGGGACGCACACACACACAAACUCGAUGUGUGGCUGCCGGACACAGGAGAGAACCCGCCUCCUCAAACACAAUUCUUCCACAAACAGUGGAAACCAAAAGACAGACUGAAGGCGGAUUCCCCCUAUCAAGGCUAAGUUCGCGGGAUAAACCACCAGCCCACUCUUUUUUCUUUAGCAAACCAUACACACGAAGAACACGUGGGCAACCAGAAGAGGAGGCACUUGAGGACUCGCACAACCGUGGACCCAUGCAGACACACUCAGACAUGGAGCGUGAGCAGAUCAAGGUGAAGCAUUUCCUCAAGCUGGGUUACUCUCAUUCGGACAUCAUGCGAGUCCUGCAGACGCUCAGCCAGGACGCGCCGACCAACGACAUCCUCCAGGAGCUGAUCAAGACGUGUCGCACCAACGCCACAGGAGCACCAGGGGCACCGGAGAGCAGCCCUAAGCUCAUCCCACGAGGAUGUGGCUCGUCGCUGCAGCACAAACAAGCCGAUACAACGUACUCGGACUCGUACAGCUCGACCCCCUUCAGACCCGUGGUCAUAGACGGCAGCAACGUUGCUAUAAGCCACGGUAAUAAGGUGGUGUUUUCGUGCCGAGGGAUCCAGCUGGCAGUGCAGUGGUUUUGGGACAGAAAGAUUCGUGACAUCACCGUGUUCGUACCUCUGUGGAGAAAAGAACAGUCAAGACCUGGGGCUCCCAUCACAGACCAGCACAUAAUGGACGAGCUGGAGCGAAGGAACAUCCUGGUGUACACUCCGUCGCGCUGUGUCAAUGGCAAGCGGGUGGUGUGCUAUGAUGACCGCUAUAUCGUCAAGCUGGCCUACACCUCGGAUGGCAUUAUCGUGUCGAACGACAACUACCGCGACCUGCAACAGGAGAAUCCUGAAUGGAAGAAGUUCAUCGAGGACAGGCUGCUCAUGUACACCUUUGCCAACGACAUAUUCAUGCCUCCUGACGAUCCAUUGGGGAGAAACGGCCCAACGAUCGAGAACUUCCUGAGAAAGAAGCCUUUAAUUUCCGAGACUAAGCCCCCACACUGUCCAUAUGGCAAGAAGUGCACCUAUGGCGUAAAAUGCAAAUUCUACCAUCCAGAGCGCUCCAACCAACCGCAGCUCUCAGUGGCCGAUGAAUUGAGAGCAAAGAGUCAGCCAUCGAGCAUGACUGACGAGGUUCCCCCGUCUCCAAAUGGACUCUUUGACUACUGGACUGCGGCCACUCCGGCUUAUCAAGACCAGCUUACUCUUGACCUUUCUGGUCUCGAUCUUUACUCCUCUCCGCACGACUCUCCGAGCCCCAGCUACCUGCAGCGCUCCCUUCCUGCUUUGUACAAGAGCAUUAAAAGCGACCAGGCAUAUGGCUCGCUCGAGGGCUCCAUGUCCCGCCUUUUCCUCAGUGACUCUGCCCUACAGACCUCGCUAGCCUACAGCAGCGGGUGCGUGACUGCAAAUAGCAGUGAUUACUUCCUGUCUGGUGGUUCCGGCAUGCAAUCAAGGCGGGCGCGCAGCCCUGACGUGCCCUCGCGCUGCUACAGUCCUGACCUCCACAUCCUCUCAGGAUGCCAACACGGACACACCGGCUACACUCGCACGCUUCAUCCAAACCAAGCGUAUCAAAGGCAUGCCGCUUACAAAAACAACAAUGACAUGCCUUUUUGCAACGAGGCUCUACCGUAUCCUCAGUCGACAUCCAAUCGGCUCAAGGUACCAGAUAUGACCUGGGGUCAAGGUCUAACAGAGGUCAUGGACGGGGACAAUUUGACCGGAAGGAGGAGAGACGUGAGGUCGCAGCUAAGCACGAUUUUCCCUCAGAGCAUCGUGGACCAGGUUAUGAGGUUGUAUCCACACACGUUGGAUACGGCGGAGCUGGUUGGGCUGAUCCAGAAAUACAAGAACAGUGCCUUUCUUUGAAAAGUAGUGGGUAAAUCAAUGAUAAAAUAAUCGUCAGUAGCGGGUUUCUUGAGAUUGGUUAUAAACCACAGGGUCUACUGGGAAUUCAUGAAGAUAAGGGCAUUGAUGGGUCUUUUUCAUCUAUGUAAGAUUUCAGCAUUUAAUCCAAAUAGAAAAUCUCACAAAGCAGGGGUGCAUUUUGACAUAGUCCUUUAACCUUCUUCAUCAGCAUCAUCACACACUCUGCUGCUAGGCCACAUCGGGAAGUCAAUUUUGGAUCACCCUUCCGUGCAGUUUGGUACUUUCCACCCCCCCUGCGGGUUUACAGACAAACGUCGGACUAUAUUUCUACGCUGAACCUAAUGUGGGGUUUUUUUUUCAAUUCUGAAUCAGUUGUGUGCACUUUUCUGGCCACGAGCUUCAGAAUCUGGUUCGCUGAUGAGGUUUGUCGGUCAGUAAAUGAGCUCUUUCUGUGAAAGUAAAUGGUUCCUGGCUGUGACUUUGAUGAAGCAAAGCGAGUAGACAGUAGCAGCAAGGCGGCGUUCUACUUAGGUAGCUCCAUUGCGAAACUAAACCAGCACAGAAAACGGUGUAAAAUGUAUUAUUUCCUUUUCAAUACAACAUAUUGUAGAUUUGUGUGUGAGAAAGAAUUUCCCGAUACUGUAAACAGACGAGAUGAAUGUAUACGCCGCGGCAUCGCCCUCGGCAACAGGGUUUCUGUAAUAACUAUGAUGUAAUAGUUGCUUCUUGAAUGUGAACGUUAAGGCUGACCUUCUAUGAGAGUAAAAGUCGCCUCGCUUGCCUCGAGGGCGCCAAGUUCACGACCGUGAACUUGUUCAACGUGGACUGAAGAGCCGGAGCAUAGCUAUAGUUCGGACGCUUGUGUCGCCUCGGCACUAAUUCAAACAAUAAGUCGAGAGCGACUGAGAAUUUGUAUAUUUUUUUCAGCUUGGAAAUGAGGAGCAUGUGAAUACUAGCUGGAAUGUGACGUAGCUAUAGUUAGCAAAAAAACCCUCUUUCUGUCGGUUUUAAUGUCCGAACGUGUUUUGAAAGGAUAACAAUUAUUAAAAUAAUUUAUAACCCGA